GCGAUGUGCGACGUCGUGCUCUACUACAAGUACGUUGCGCUCUCUGCGACCGACGCCGACGACGCAGCCGCGUGGCACGAGCGCUUCUGCGCGCCGCUUGGCCUCUAUGGCCGCGUGCGCAUUGCCGAGGAAGGUAUCAAUGGGACGCUUGGCGGGCCGGCGGCGGCGAUCGAUGCCUACAUCGCGGCCAUGGAGGCCUCGACCGCGUUCGGCGGCAUGGGCAUCGACUGGAAGCGAAGCGCCGCCGAGGCCUUGCCCUUCGACGACCUCCUGAUCCGCCGCACAAAGGCGAUCGUGUCGAUCGAGCUGCCCGAUGAUGUGUGCCACGUCCGCGACACGGCGCAGCACCUCUCGCCGACCGACUUCGACGCCAAGCUCUCGGCCGACAACAUUGCCGUCAUUGACGUGCGUAACGACUACGAGUACAACAUUGGCCACUUUAAGGACGCGCUCAACCCGCGCACGCGCCGCUUUGGCCAGUUUCCCGUUUGGGUCCGCGAGACGCUGCCGCAGCUGCAAGAGAAGAGCGCGAUCUUGAUGUACUGCACGGGCGGCAUCCGCUGCGAGAAGGCGUCGGCGUACCUCCGGCACCUCGGCUUGGAGAACGUCUACCAACUCGAAGGAGGUAUACACCGCUACUUGGAGACCUUCCCGGACGGCGGCCAGUUCCUCGGGAAAAACUUUGUGUUCGACCAGCGCGUCGCGAUGGCGUCCCGCAACGACGCCGUCGUGGGCAAGUGCAGCGCGUGCGAGGACGCGCACGACGUGGUGUCGGGCACGCGCUGCGCCUACUGCCGGACGCACGUGCUCCUCUGCGAUGGCUGCGUCGAGACAAAGGCGGCCAAGCGCAUCCAAGUGCUCUGCGGCGACCACGCAUGGAUGGGCGACGGCAGCAGCGACGAGCUCCUCGCCAAGCACGCGGCGCUCGAGGCAACGCUGGCGCAGCACGAAGGAACGAAGGGCAAGGGCCGCCGCCGCUCGAUACGCAAGCAAAUGGACGCGAUCGAGAAGAGCCUCGACCAGUUUACGCUCGUCGACGCGGAAGGCCCGUCGGCGUCGGCGGCCUAGAGGCUUUUCCGUAGCCCAUCUUCUCACUAUGUGAUGAGAUGAGACUCGAGACCACCAAGAAGAAGGUUGUGAUGUCGAACGUCUAUCUACGCCCACCACUUCCUUUCCAUGGAGUACUCUCACUCGUAAUAGAUCAAGCGGAAGCAUAGAUUCGUCCGGGAGGCAGAGAGACUCAUCACGUGACUGGCACUGCUGGUCCCGAAGUGUCGAAGAAGGUGACAAGCAGCACCGGCAUAAGCAACCUUUGUGGCCGUGGGAUCAUGUGGUCACUUCAAUCUGAGUGGGCUACUGCAAGAUUCCUCUUGUAUGGGGCCUGUUUUUGUGGCGGCAUAUCAAUGGUCCAUACGCUGUUCAACUAUUAAUGGACCCUGGG